AUGCAACGACAAAUUGAUUCUGAGAAAGACAUGAAAGGUGUUACACCUCCAUCUCCAUCACCACGUUUUUCACGUACAUUUGAUAUGCUUCUAAGUCGUUUUCCAAAUUCAACACCAUCAUCAUCGAAUAUGACAACAAAUAAAGGUGGUUAUCAAUCUUCAACAUGGGAUGAACAUAGUCCUUAUAGACCAGCACAAUGGCGAUCAACAAUUACAGCACCAUUAUGUGCACUUUGUAAUAAAGCUGUUUUUCCAGCUGAAGAAGUUAUUGGAGCUGGACAAAAAUAUCAUAAACUUUGUCUUAAAUGCAUUUCAUGUAAUACAUUACUCAAUUCAGGUAAUGUAAAUGAACAUGAUAAAAAAAUUUAUUGUGUCGGUUGUUAUCGUCGUCAAUUUGGUCCACACGGAAUUGGACGUGGUCUUGGAACAACAUCAUCAAUCAUUUUAGAAACACCACCAAGUAGUCCAAGUAUAAAUCGACUAGAAACAAAAUCUAAUGAUGAAUUAAUAAAUACGAAUAAUAAUGAUGAUUCUCAACGAGAAACAUCACAAUAUCAAGUAUCAUCUAAUGAUCAUUCACAUCAAAGUAAUUCACUUAUGAACAGUGUUACAUAUAUUGGUGGUGUUACAACAAGACAAACACUAUCGACUAUUCCUCGUCAAUCAACAGCAAAUUUAAUAAAUGGAACAACUUUCAAGACGAUGUCAAUAUCAGGAAAUAUUUGUCCACGUUGUUCAAAAUGUGUUUAUUCAGCUGAAGAAGUUAAAGCUGCUGGAAAAUCAUUUCAUAAACAAUGUUAUACAUGUGCACAUUGUAAAAAAAGUAUCAAUGCUGGUCGAUAUUCAGAACAUGAAGGAGAACUUUAUGAUAACAGUAAGAUUUAUUUUUUUUUUGUAUUUGAGUUAUUUCA